UCACAAAUUUUCCUGACACAACUUAGUUUGGAUUUGCAUACGAUGCAUCGAAAGCGAAAACCCACGUGAUUCUAUCGUUAUUCUGCUUCACGGACGUGAGUAAACAAGCCGAAAAAAUACAGUGACAGAAUCUGAAGAAAAAACCUUGGGAAAUUCUAAGGCACGCCGGAUGACGCCCGAUUGCCACGCGCACAGUUACGUAAAACUGCGUUUUUCCACCUCCCGAACCUCCACCGCGGAACGUGCGUUUAUUUUCGGAUUCUUACAGUUGGGAUUUUUAUUUUUAUUUCCUUCUUUCCGACGUCUACCUCCGCACGUUGGUUGACUGGUGUCCGUCAGACAGAAUUCAACAGCCGAAUCAACAUGGCCCGGUUUGACUUGUGCGCGCUAAUACUUCUCGUUCCUCUAUUAUCCAUCGCCUCAACAUCAUCGGCGAAAGAACCGGCCCAUGCUUGCCAACGGGAAUGCGACGGCGGGCCGGCGCGCCGCUGCGUCUACGAUUUCCACGUGGAGUACUAUUUCACAAUGAGCAAAGCAUGCUACGACUGUCCGCAUAAACGUGAAGACUGCGAUCGGCACCAUUGCAUUCCCGCAGACGGCAUUGAACGUGGUGUGAUUUCCAUCAAUCGUCAGCUUCCCGGCCCUUCGAUUCAGGUGUGCGAAGGUGAUAGAAUCAUCGUGAAUGUAAAGAACCAUUUGCCAGGAGAGAGUUGCACCAUCCAUUGGCACGGAAUCCAUCAGAUCGGUUCGCCGUACAUGGACGGUGUUCCCUUGGUAACCCAAUGCCCAAUAUCACCUGCCUCGUCUUUUCGAUACAAUUUUAUAGCCGAAAAUCCGGGAACGCAUUUCUACCAUUCGCAUUCUGGUUUCCAACGGGCUGACGGAGUUUUUGGUUCAUUGAUCGUUCGCCAGAGCAAGGAAAGAGAUCCUCAUUCUUCUUUGUAUGAUUAUGACCUCCCCGAGCACGUCAUGAUGGUAUCCGACUGGCUGGGCGAGCUGGGCGUUGCUAAAUUCGUAGCGCAUCAUCACGACGAUGGCGAUAAUAAACCAUCCAGUAUGAUAAUCAAUGGAAAAGGCAGAAUUCCAAAACCAAGAAAUGGGUUGACAUCCAACGAGACAAUGCCCCUUUCUGUAUUCAACGUUGAACAGGGUCGUCGUUAUCGCUUUCGUGUAAUCAGCAACGGGUUCUUGAAUUGCCCAAUUCAAUUGUCGGUAGACGAUCAUAUGCUCACGGUGAUAGCGAGCGAUGGUGGAGCCAUUCAACCCGUUGAAGUUGACUCGCUUGUAAUUGACGCCGGAGAAAGAUACGAUUUCAUCGUAAAUGCGGGCCAGCACAUAUCGUCUUACUGGAUCAGAUUACAUGGGCUUAUGGAUUGCCGUCCCAAAAGAGUUUUCCAGGCAGCCAUUCUACGUUACCAUGGCGCUCCGGAAACUGAGCCGGAUGACAUUUUGACCUACGAAAAUACCAAUCGUCCUGGCAAAGUCUUGAAUCCGGUUAACAUUGCUCCUGGCGACGACGAACACAUUACCGUUGCCGAGUUGAAGGCAAUGUCUCCGUCGAACACAAAAGACUGGAGCCGAGAACCUGAUCGCAAAUUUUACCUCUCAUACGAUUUCAAUCCAGUUAACAGCUGGCAUUUCCAUGAUCCAGAGCACUACCCCAUUUUUGGAGCCGAGAAAAACCAUCGACUCUACACCCCACAAAUUAAUCACAUCUCCCUGCGGAUGCCACCGACUCCACCUCUUUCUCAGCAUGGCGAUCUUCCAUUUGGAACCAUCUGUAAUGAGUCGACGGUGACGAACUGCCAACAGGAAUUUUGCGAUUGCACCUACACAUUGCAAAUUCCUUUGGGGUCUUUGGUGGAGCUUAUUCUCAUCGACAAAGGUGUGACUUUUGAUGCCACUCAUCCCUUUCACAUCCACGGUUCUGCUUUCCACGUUGUUGCCAUGGAGCGUGUCGCCAGCAACGUCACUGUUGACCAGAUUAAAUUAAUGGACCAGAAAGGGCACAUUAGGCGAAAUCUCGUCGACGCUCCCAUUAAGGAUACGGUGGCUGUCCCCGAUGGGGGUUACACCAUCGUCCGCUUCAUUGCAUCGAAUCCAGGCUACUGGUUGUUUCACUGUCACCUUUCAUUCCACAUUGAGGUUGGAAUGGGGCUGAUUUUCAAAGUUGGAGAACAUCAUGAUUUCCCACCAGUUCCAGAGAAUUUUCCCAAAUGCGGUAGCUGGCUUCCACCUGUUGAUGAAGAGGAAUUCGAGUCUAUCGUUAUCCACAAUUUGCCUUAUAACGCCACUGAUAAAAAUGAGAAAUCAGGAGAGGGAACCACUCUUCGACCUCCCACCUUUGGUGACUCAGACGAGUCGUCUUCUUUCAGUUCGGGAGAGUCGGAAUUGACAACUGAAGUGCCUUUUACGUUGUCCGAUGAAGAUAACUUUAUAAUCCCACAGCAUUUGACGAAUGGUACUCUCUCGCAUUCUGAAUCGCCAAUGAUUCACGCGACGUCAGGAACGAACCGUUUCGCAAUAUCUUUCAUUCCGUUUGCCCUCUUGCCAUGCGGCUACAUUUACACAAUCUUUGUUAGGCGAUAGCUUCUUCUCAAUAGGUGUAUAUUUAAGCUCUAUUUUUAUCAUGCUUCGACGAUUUUUGUUUUUUGACUACUUUUCCCUUGUUCUACGCUUGUUUACCAAACAGGAUCACAAAAAUGGCCAAUCAUGUGCCGGCCAGAGACUUUUUGUUACGUCGUAGACACGAAGCGCUUUUUUUGACUAACUGUGAAUAAAACCACUAUCCUUUUUCUAAAAAAAAAGUAAGAAUAGUUUCCAUGAUAUCACAAAAUUUUUUGUUACCAUUUUGCAAGAAAAAGUCGUUUUUACGAAACAUUAAAACCACGAGUUGCCUGUUAUGUAACGCUUUUUAACCACUUUCAUUCGAUUAAAGUUCCGGUUUGGCAUCACUCUUCAGCAUAAAAAAAAACCUCAAUCACCAUCACGAUUUAUGCGAUGUGUGGAGUAAUAUGAAUCCACAAGUGUGCCGCUUUCGCUUUCGCAUCAAUAGGUGCGCAUGAUUGCUACGUCUACAACAUCCGAGCGGCACAAAUAAAAAGCGCAUCUUCACGUAGUCGUGAAUCAGAUGUUCAAGUCGUUUGUCAGUGACAUUCAAACAG